AUGGUGAAUAGCAGCGAUGGUUCCGAAUCAACCUCUAUCAAAGGAACAAGUACGGCGAACGUUCGACAACCUUCCCAAAGUGGAAUGGUGACUCUGGGAGCCUCGGUCAUUCGCCUGACCGUUGCUAAUCUAUUGGCAUCGUCUAACAAUGAGCUGAAUGCAGUGGACAGCAACCGUGCGUUCUUUGAUAUGAGCGCCCUGCUCAGCGAGCAUGCAGUCAUCGACCCUAGAUUACAGGACAUCAGAUGUAACGCAGCGUCAGAGACAAUAUCGUCACGCGGUCGGCUGUGCGACGGCUGUAAACCUGAGGCCAAAUUAAGAUUUUUCAGCUUCCCAAAAAUUCGGCCCCUAAAAUAUACAGUACAUCUGAUGUAA